AUGACAUGCUGCAGUAAUUGGCUGUUACGUUUAGCUCUUUGCCAUGGCAUAUUUGUGGGCUUCACCACGAUUUACAUUGAUAUCGAUAGACGUCUGGUGAAAUCAUAUACUUCAGUGAAAAUCUUUGUGUAUUUCAAAAAUCUUCUUUAUGCAUUCGUUAUGAUAUGUUAUCUUAUGGACAGUUUUGAUCUUGGCAGUUUUGACAAUGACAGUCCUGUCAUAUCGUUCGCUUUUAUUGCCACACAUGCUUCGCGCUCGCUGUUAUUUGUUGUGGUCAUAAUGUUGCGUAUCAAAGGAGAUAAGGCUUUAAAGAAGUGGCUGAAAAUAUUGCUGGUAUUGCAGACAGAAUAUUUUGACAAAUUACCCGAUACUUCAGUUGAUAAAAAUAUUAAAAAUGUCUUAACUCUUAAUAUUAUCUUGGUAAGUGCAAAUAUUUUGGGUACUACAAUUAGCCUAGUGCCUGCAUUGAUAAAGGGAGAUUUUUGGAGUUUAAUGGAUGUCUAUUUGCAAAGUUAUUUAAUGGAUAUGCAGCAUUAUAUUAUGCUACACCAUGGCUUUAUAUUGUGUUAUUUGAAUAACUUAUUUUCAAAGCUUAAUAAUCAGCUGCAUAGUAAACGUGUGGAACCAUGUUUGGCCAGCAUAUACUUUCAACUAACGAUGUUAUUGCAACAGGUGAAUGUCAUCUAUGGUCCAGCCAUAUUCACCAUACUUUUGUGUCUAUUGCUGACAAUUUCUAUAUUUGGAUAUGGCAUCAUCAUAUUUAUGAAUUUAAUAAACUAUGAAAUCUUUAUCUAUCAGUAUUUACUGACUUGCAGUGCUAUGAUCCUUUUAUGUAUUGAUAUGUAUUUGUAUUUCUUAAUAUGUGAUCGGGUGUACGAGACUUCCCGAGAAACGCAGAGAAUUUUAUUGGAAUUUAGUACUGGUCAAAAAAAUCAAGAGGUCGAAAGUGUUUGUCUAGGUCGCUUGCUGUUGCGGCAUAAUAUCAAUAUCUGUGGCAUGUUUAAUGUAGAUUUAAGUUCUCUAUUUGCGAUGAUUGCACAGAUUAUUUUGUACACUAUCAUUUUAAUACAAAUUGAUUAUACAAAAAUUUGA